AUGUUCAAGAGCAACAUGGAUGGCAUUAAUUGUGGUACAAGUUGUGAGCCUAUGUCGGAGCAAGUAAAGCAGUCCUUUCAUGAUAAAUUUGGUAUGAUUUUGGAUGGAAAGAUUAUAGAUGGUAUUUUUGAAACUGUUCAGAGUUUGGCGUCAUCUCAAUUUGGUAACAAGAACAUGUUGGAGAUUUUAUCUCAUAAUGUUCUUCAAUUUCUAUCAAAUGCACAUCCUUGUUACAAGAGCAACAGCACCAUUUCUCCAGCCAUUGGUUGUCUUGCACCACAAAUUCAUCCUCUACGUAAGGUCAUGUCCAGAUUGAGUUUACACUUGCCUGAAAAUAAUGUUCCUGGUCCUUGUCAGUCCGAUUUGAUAUCUCCCAUCGGUCGUUUGAAUUUGUCACCUUCUCGUGGUGGCAUGGAUGCUAUGAAAGUACCAGCGACUACUUCAAUGCAGAAUAUUUUACCAAAAGCAUCUGAUGGAAGCAAACAAGCUCCAAUCCCUGUUGGUGACACAACACCUGAAGCCAUUUUGAAGGCGGAUGCAUCACCUGGAGUUACUAUCACUGGUACAUCAAGCUUCAAGGAUAAGCAAAAGGAGUUAGCUGCGAAGGGUGAUGAUGUUUACAACAGGACAGUGCAUCCCAGAUCGUCGCAUGUCAAUAAACCUAUGAAAAUUGGAGUGGGCAGCUUGCAUGUCGUUGAAGAAGGUGUGGAGGUAGUAGAUGUCGAUAAAUUUGUUCAAAAACAGCCUGCCAUAGUCAAUGGUUUUGUUACUCUUCAGCCGAAGAACAGUCUGGUCUUUCCUUUAGCAGAUAAUCCACGUUUCCCCGUAUCUGACGAUGAUAUCAUGCAUUUCUGUGCAAUUGUUGAGCUGGCGUACACCGAUCGAAUUCAGAAGAAUUAUGCUCUUAAAUAUCAUGGUGUCCACUGUAGUUUUAUUUCACUUGGGCAGACGCUUAUGCGUGAUGGACACAUUGACAACUUCUUGAUCCCGUGUUUCUGUCGGAAGCUAUUCGAAGACAACCAUCCUUCAAAAUCUGGGAGGCAUUAUUUCUUUUCAUAUGUUGGGGAAAGCAUCCUUGAUUUAUCUAGUCCAAUGCAGGAGAACAUUGUCCGUACCUCAUUUCUUGGUGCUGCUAGAGCCAGUAAAGGGAAAAGACUUGAUUUAUCAGAUAGAUUGUUCUUUCCCAUAUGUCAUCUCGAUCAUUGGUUUUCUUUCGUGGUAGACUUCAAGUUCAAGCUUUUUGCGUUUCUUGAUUCGUUCUACAGUGCAAAAUCGGAUUAUCAGAUUGCAGUUCGUGCCCCCUUAAUUAGAAAUUUUACACUUCUUUGGAAGAAGAUAUUCAACAGUGAUGAACCUGAUUUCAAGAAAUUUAGUGUUAUGACUCCCAACAUGCCACGCCAGGGGAAUGCUCAUGAUUGUGGUGUCUUUACAAUGAGGUCUGUUGAAGUUUUUGAUCCCACCAAGGACCUCCGCAAGGAGUUUAGUAAAGAUGACGUUCUUCACUUGCGCAUUCAGUAUGCAAACCGUCUGUUCUUCCAUAGUGGCAAUACAGUUGAUUAUAGCAUAGUUACCAACUACUAUGUGAAGGAGGAUUUUGUGCGUCAGCUUCGUUGA